AUGGCCAACUACCCGGCGUCGAGUAUUAAGCUGACUAUCAAGACACGCAUGAAUUGCCUGGCGUGCGCCCAAGGAAAACAAGUCAAGGAAAAGCAGUCGAAGAAAGACACGGGCAAUAACUCACCUAUCGAUGUGAUAGGUGGAGUGAUAUGCUCCAAUCUCAAAAGUCCGAUGACCCCGCGAGAUCUGCUGGGCAACCGUUACCUGGACAACUUCAUUGAUCACCGGUCAAAUUAUUGCCGUGUGUUUUUGGCUAAGUCGAAGGAUGUUGCUGCGCUCAAGUUUAAGCACAUCCUUGUGAGCUUUGAACGUGAGUUCCAUUGCAGGAUCCAUGUGCUACGUGUUGUAAACGAUACGCCUCGGCAUGACGUUUCAGAAAAGUGUUCUGUAGCUCAGCCGGUUUGGUAUGGCAGUACCAUCCCAAAGGUCACUGGUUCGAUACCGGUGGGGCGUGUAAACAAAAAAGUUAAGCCUUCGGGAUCUGGUGUUUGGGGUGCACCAGCACUGUCCUGUCAGACAGUGACGUCCCCCACUUUCGGUACGUUUGGGUGUUUAGAAACGCACGACCAGAAUUAG